CAAAAAAAAAAGUGUAUGGGGGAAAAAAAAAACAGGGAACAAAGAAAUCAGAGUGUAUUUAAGGAGAAGUCGCCCCACAUCCUGGAGCCGUGUGACUCUCGGCACUGCACACCGCACACUGCUGCGCCAAAAACACCCGUUGCACCUCCAUCCUGCGCGGCUCCGGACGGACGGCGGUGAGGAUGCGGACUUCUCUGGUCGUGUGCUUCUGCGUAUUUGCGCUGCAGUGUUUCCAGAGCAUGCUUGGUGCUCCAGUGCGCGGAGCCGGCAGGUACAAAGCGGCACCGGCCUCUGAGAAGUCCCCGGACCUGAAGAAGAGGGGGAAGGCUCCCCACCUUCAGGGUUCGGUGAAGGAGGCGAGUCCGUCCACCAACGCUUCCAACACAUGGAACCGGCCGCGCUGUGGCGUACCGGACUUCCCCAACCAGAAGGAGCUGCAGUACCAAGGUCGACACCGCCAGAGACGCUUCGUUCUGCAUGGAGGACGUUUCGACAAGAAGGAUCUCACCUACAAGAUCGAACGCUUCCCCUGGCAGAUGGACGAGGAGAAGGUGCGGCGUGUGAUCCGGGAGGCGGUGAAGAUCUGGAGUGAUGUCACACCUCUGACUUUCACCGAGGUCCGCAGAGGGAUUGCCGACAUCCGGAUCGACUUUUCCAGCUACUGGCAUGGAGACAACCUCCCGUUUGACGGUCCAGGUGGGAUUCUAGCUCACGCCUUCUUCCCAAAAACGCAUCGGCAGGGCGACAUUCACUUCGACUACGACGAGUCCUGGACUCUGGGGAACUACAUGGGGACAGACCUUCUGCAGGUCGCCGCCCAUGAGUUUGGGCAUGUCCUGGGCCUGCAGCACUCACGUAAGCCCAAAACCGUCAUGUCCGCGUACUACUCCUUCUCCUACCCACUGAGGCUGAGCGAAGACGACAGACUAGGCAUCCAGUACCUGUACGGAGCUAAACCCCAGGUCCUGCCCCCACCGCCAACCCCGGCUCCAAGGGCUCUGGUCCCCAAAACAGAGACCAACGAACUUAAUCCUGACGCCUGUCAGACGGAUUUUGACGCCGUGUCGAUGAUCCGAGGGGAGCUGUUCUUCUUUAAGUCAGGCUACGUUUGGAGGAUCAGGGAUCCUGGAGGAUCGGCGCGUCUGGAGAGCGGCUAUCCGGCGCUGGCCUCCCGACACUGGAAGGGGAUCCCGACCAAGAUCGACGCCGCCUUUGAGGACAAGUCAGGGAAUAUUUGGUUCUUUCAAGAUGAUAACUACUGGGUGUUUGACGCUGAGAUGCACAUCAGGGGCCCCGAGUCCAUCAGGAGUUUAGGAUUGUCCACAUCCAACAUCCAGGCUGCACUUCGCUGGGGUCACGACCCUAACUACAACAUCUACUUCUUCAAGUCCGGUAGCUACUGGAGGUUCAGUCCCCGUGAGAACCGGGUCGAGUCGCCCCAACCGCGCAGCAUGCAGUACUGGACCGGCAUUCCUGAGGAUGUUGACGCUGCCUUCAGGGACACUCACGGCUUUGCUCAUUUUAUCCGAGGACGUCAGUACUGGAAGUUCGAUCCUGUCGGCAUGAACUCGUUGGAAGGUUACCCACGCUACAUCGGCAUGGAUUUCUUUGGGUGCAGGAACGAGUGAGUCUGUGAAGAUUCGCGUACCCUGAUUCCUUUGACGCGAAGAGGAGUUAAUGGAAUAAAAACUGCAGACUCAUGAGGACGAGACGAUUUUUACACCUGUUUAUGCUUCACUGCAUUUAUUGGCACUCAGAUCAAUUUAUGCCUUCUUCUCAGGAAAAAAAAACACCUUCCCUCAGAUCUGGCACCUCCUGUGCAGCUCUGCUCGUAUUUAUUUUUGCACAUUUUUGUAUCACCAUGAGCCCGAGACCCUGCAUUCAGUCUCGCCUGAGCCAGAAACUGUUUAACAAACUGUUGUCCUCAGUGUGGUCAGUGUUGGAUGUUUCAGUUUGUGUUUUCAUCAACAACGCACCUCAGCGUGUUUGAAGAGUGACAUCAGACUCACAGUGGCGGUCAGUGGAGGGUUUAAUUCUUGAAGUCAGUUAGCAAGUAGAUUAUAAUUUCCAGUCAUAUUUCACUGUUUUACAAUCAGAACCAAGAAAAUGGGCUUUGGGGUUUGGACGCCUUAAAAGUGAGUCACAGCAAGAAGGUUUUGUAAGGUCCUGCUAUGUUCUUUGCAGAGUCUUAUUGAGAUCUUUGUCAAAUUUUGUUGAUGUCUCUGAAGGGUCAUUUAUGAUAUGUGCAGUCUUGUUGGGGUCUUUCCAAGGUAUUGUUAAGGUGUUUGCAAAGGCUCCAUAAGUUCUGCAGAGAGUAUUGUCGGAGUCAUUGCAAGGUCUUGCUAAGGUCUUUACAGAGUCUUGCGAAGGUCUUUACAGAGUCUUGCUAAGGUCUUUACAGAGUCUUGCUAAGGUCUUUACAGAGUCUUGCUAAGGUCUUUACAGAAUCUUGCUAAGGUCUUUACAGAGUCUUGCUAAGGUCUUUACAGAGUCUUGCUAAGGUCUUUACAGAGUCUUGCGAAGGUCUUUACAGAGUCUUGCUAAGGUCUUUACAGAGUCUUGCUAAGGUCUUUACAGAGUCUUGCUAAGGUCUUUACAGAGUCUUGCGAAGGUCUUUACAGAAUCUUGCGAAGGUCUUUACAGAGUCUUGCGAAGGUCUUUACAGAGUCUUGCUAAGGUCUUUACAGAAUCUUGCGAAGGUCUUUACAGAGUCUUGCGAAGGUCUUUACAGAGUCUUGCUAAGGUCUUUACAGAAUCUUGCGAAGGUCUUUACAGAAUCUUGCGAAGGUCUUUACAGAGUCUUGCUAAGGUCUUUACAGAGUCUUGCUAAGGUCUUUACAGAAUCUUGCGAAGGUCUUUACAGAGUCUUGCGAAGGUCUUUACAGAGUCUUGCGAAGGUCUUUACAGAAUCUUGCGAAGGUCUUUACAGAGUCUUGCGAAGGUCUUUACAGAAUCUUGCGAAGGUCUUUACAGAGUCUUGCGAAGGUCUUUACAGAGUCUUGCGAAGGUCUUUACAGAAUCUUGCGAAGGUCUUUACAGAGUCUUGCGAAGGUCUUUACAGAGUCUUGCUAAGGUCUUUACAGAAUCUUGCUAAGGUCUUUACAGAAUCUUGCGAAGGUCUUUACAGAGUCUUGCUAAGGUCUUUACAGAAUCUUGCGAAGGUCUUUACAGAGUCUUGCGAAGGUCUUUACAGAGUCUUGCGAAGGUCUUUACAGAGUCUUGCGAAGGUCUUUACAGAAUCUUGCGAAGGUCUUUACAGAGUCUUGCUAAGGUCUUUACAGAGUCUUGCGAAGGUCUUUACAGAGUCUUGCGAAGGUCUUUACAGAGUCUUGCGAAGGUCUUUACAGAGUCUUGCUAAGGUCUUUACAGAAUCUUGCGAAGGUCUUUACAGAAUCUUGCGAAGGUCUUUACAGAAUCUUGCGAAGGUCUUUACAGAGUCUUGCUAAGGUCUUUACAGAAUCUUGCGAAGGUCUUUACAGAAUCUUGCUAAGGUCUUUACAGAAUCUUGCUAAGGUCUUUACAGAGUCUCCUUAAGGUCUUUACACAGUCUUGUUGAGGUCAUUGCAGAGUUGCUGCAAUUUUGCAGAGCCUUCAACAAGCUAUCUGAAGUUUGACUCCAGCUAGCUUGGGUCUAAAUAUUAGCAUCAGUUCUAAACCAGGCACCUGUUUAUUUUAUUUUUUCAGUUAGCUGUUCUUUGAUUUAAUUAGCUAAGUUGCUUUAACGGCUGACAUUUUCAUCCCAGUUAGAACAAAACAUCUAAAAAAAUUACCCUUUAGAUUUUACUUUCUGAUGCUGUUUUAGUUUUUUUUCUGCCUGGUGUCAAAACAAGCAUGAAAAAUCACGAACCCAGAGAACAGCAGACGGUUACUUCAGGUCUAACCGUGGCGACGUUGCACGUCAAAUUUCUAUAUUUUCCCGGGAUCUCUGUGUGGCUUUGUUUGGACCGGUUCAACUGAUUUUAACCUCUGUCUGUAGAAGUUCAUAUGUUCUGUUUUUGUGAUUCAUGGUUUCCAAAAACAGGAAAACAGAUCAAGUUGCAUCGCCUGAGGUCCGGUGUUUCUCCCUCAACCUAAGACACAAAUAUGCGAAAAAUCUGGUCCUGGAUGCAAAAACCAGAGUAAAUAUUUAUUUCUCUACGGGUUUGUUACACUUUUUUUUACAUCUUUGCUGAUUGAGAAGGAGACAUUUGAUUCAUUUUUCAAGUUUGGACGUGAAUUGAACAACAGAGGAGUGACUUUGUUUGCUUUUACCAGAGAUCCUCAUCUAGUUAUGUUCCUAUUUGAACUGGAAUAUUUUCCUCUUUUAAAUUUAAAAUAAGAAGAAAAGUUGAUUCUGCUGCAGCUGCUAAUGUCUGAUCUCACUCUUCUCACAUCAUGGUCGCAGAAGAAGCUGCAGUGCGCCAUCUAGUGGCCGGAACGGACCGUGGUGACGUCACUGCACAACGAUCAAACGGGGCUCUGUGUUUUCUGUUAGUCAGUGAUGCAUUCAGGGACCGCAGCGGUUCUCCACCACUGGGCAAGUUAGUGGUAAACUAGUUCUGGUAAACUGACAUUAAAAAGCAUAUAAAAACUAAAAAUUGAAAAAUAAUAUUCUCCUGACUCCAACUGGAAAAAUUCAAAGAUUUUAACAUUGUUAUUUUGAAAGUCAGAAUGAAAACAUUUUUUUUAACUGUUAGCUAUUUGGUCUUAUUUUUCCUGUGCAAAAGUCUUGAGACAUUUACUUUUCAUUUACUAUUGUAGCCUCAAGCUGUCUUCAUUGGGGGGGAAAAAAUCACUUAAUCGGGUUUUAAAUGUUAUUUUAUGGUUCUCAAAAUAAAAGCAGCAAAUGUUUGAUUGACUAAGAAGAAAACUUUAUUUUAAAUUUGUUAUUAUUUUAACUUUUCAGUCCCUGCAACGGUCAUCCGUGAUGUAAUCAUAGUGGUGUUAAGCUUACUGAGUAGCAGAAAGACGAUCAAUUUUGGGAAAAUGUAAUAAUCAAAUACAUGAUUAUGCUAUAAAAUGGCUGAAAAAUACGUAAUGCUGCUUCAAAAGUUUCACGGAAUGUCAGGUUGCUUUGAAGGAAAAUACGAAGAAAACUCAGCUGGAUUAAGCUGAGAUGCAGCAGUUCAGCAUCACAGAUUGCUGAACUGCUGAUGAAUAAUCUCAGAUUACAGCCUUUCUGGAGAACCGCUGCUCCACAGCUUUGCAUCUUUUCUUGCUGCAGCACUUGAACUCUGAAGUUUCGGCCCAGACCGUCGUGUUCAUCGUCGUUCUCCUCAGUGCAGGACGCUGACGAGUCGUUUCUGUUUUUAUCGUUCAGACUUUGCUGUUUUCCUUACAAUCUGCUGUGUUUGACUCAGUUGAUCUCAUUUAUCAGACUUCUUCCAACAUGUUUAUGCACAAACAGCAAAGCUUUUUGUACAUACAUGUUUUAAUUCUGUAUAUUCAACCAAAUGUAGGCUAUAACCUGUAAAAAUGUAGGAACUAUGUAUGUUUUUCCCUGUUUUUCUGAGUUACUUUGAAUAAAUCUUUUACCUUUUUACGACA